CUGGGUGUGGGCGGGGCGUAGUGUUGCUCAACAUGGCUGCGCCCUGCUCGGAUCAACAGGUCUGAAGGCAGGCAUCAUGUCCUCGCAGCAGGUGAGUAUCAAUGAGCUCCUCCUCUCAUUGGACAGUUCAGAGCUGCAGGAGGCGGAGCAAGUCAGAGCCGCUGUGAACCAGCAGCUGAGCACAGACCGAGGAGGCGCCGUCCUCUCCUCUCUGGUGGAGUUUUACCUGGACUCGUCCUCCUCUCAGGUGCUGCUGCUCCUCUCCUCCAUCAGAGAGCCUCACCACAAGCCGCUGCUGGAGAAGCUGAACGAGUCCCUGAGCAGACCUGGAUCCAGACUUCCUGCUGUGACGCUGCUCGGUCACCUGAUCAGGAAGCAGCCUCCUUGGGUUCAUCACAUCAGCCGCUCGCCGCUGCUGCCCGCGCUGCUGCGCUGCCUCAAGACGGAGACCGACGUGGUGUUCCUGAUCACCGGGGUCCUCGUCCUCAUCACCCUGUUACCCAUGAUCCCUCAGGCCGGGAAGCAGCACAUCUAUGACUUCUUCGAUGUGUUCGGACGCCUCGCCUCCUGGAGCUACAAGAACCCUGGUCAUGUGCCCGUGGUCCACCUGGUGCACCUGCAUGCAGGUGUGUACUCGCUGUUCCACCGCUUGUAUGGGAUGUUCCCCUGUAACUUCAUCUCCUACCUGAGGCUGCACUACAGCAUGAAGGAGAACCUGGACAUCUUCCAGGAGGUCGUCAAGCCGAUGUUGGAACAUGUACGGGUUCACCCAGAGUUGGUCACAGGGACUCAGGACUCCGAGUUGGAUCCGUCCAGGUGGAGGUGCUAUGAGGUGCAUGACAUCGUGAUCGAGUGUUCCCGCGUGUCUCUGGAUCCUCUGGAGUCGUCCUGUGAAGAGGACGCUUACUCCUCCCUCAGGGACCCCCCCCCCUCCCCCCCCCCUCCCCCACCCCCCUCCCUCACCUUAACCUCACCUGCAGUCCAGACACUGUCAGCAGCUCAGGAAGUUCAGUCUGUCUGCUGUCUGCACGGCCCCCCCCACCUGACACUCAGCACCUCCGACUUACAGGCUGAUGAUGUCACCUGGAGUCCCUCAUCACAGUGCGGUUUGUCGACGCCCCCUCCUGAACCUGCUGCUACAGGCUCUGUCCACCCACUGAGCAGGACCGCCUCCAUCUCAGGUGUGAAAUGUCCCCCGUCAGCCACCAUCCUGGUGACGCCGCUGACUGAAGAGAACCAAGAUGGCGGUCCUGACAACAACAACCAGGUGAAGCUGCUUCCAGAGCUGGAGUCCAUUCAGCCAAUCACAGAUGAGGAGGGGAGAGGCCAGAGUGAUGUCAUCAGUGAAGACGCCUCCUCUUCCUCCUCCUUUCAGCCCGUCCUGCUCACCUCCACCCCCGGCCGUGAUGAGCCCUCGUCAGGCUCAGCCCUCCCCUCCCCUCCCUGCUCCCUGUCUCUCUGCUUCAUCCCCCCUCACCCCUCCACCCCCUCCUACAGAGCGGAGGAGGGAGGCUCCACCCUAUUUGGCUCCGCCCUCUCGGCUCAGAGCCCCGCCCCUUCCUAUGAGCCCCUGUUUGAGCUCGCUCUGCCCCGAGCCGCCACGCUGUUCAUCGGGAGGAUGACGCAGGAGGCGCUGGAGAGAGCAGCGGGGGAGCAGAAGAAGGGGGGAGGAGGAGAGGGGGAGGACACGGUUGAGGAGCAGACCUCUGUCUCUCCUCUGGAGGUCCUGGAUCAGCUGAUCGUCCACGGAGACAACGUCCACCAGCACCUCAGCCGGAGGUUGUCAGCAGUGAAUAAGUCGGUGGAUCGGAGUCAUUUUGGAGGUAAACAGCAGAGCAUGAAAACCAAAGGAGGGGAGGAGCUCCAGUCUCUGAGGAGCCAGCUGUUAUUGGUCCACGGUCAGCUGCAGUACGAGCGGUUCAAGCGUCAGCAACACGCUGUCAGGAACCGCCGUCUGCUGCGGAGAGUCAUCAACACCACGGCGCUGGAGGAGCACAGCGUCGCCAUGAAGGGUCAGCUGAGUGUGCAGGACGAGGAGAUUCGUUCUCUGAAGUCGAGUCUGCAGGAAGAACAGAGACGAUACACACACCUGCAGCAGGACACACACACACACACACAGCAGCUGCACACACACAUCCAACAGCUGCUACUGCAACAACAGGACGAGCAGAGAGACAAGCAGAGACUCAAGAGCGAGCUUCAGGAGUGUCAGAGCAGGCUAAGAGAUCUGGAGGUGGAGCUUCAGAGAGCCAAUAACAAGGCUUACAAUGCAGAACACCAGCUGACCCAGCUGUCACUCAAGCUGUGCAGCAGUGAGCAGCUGCAGCAGCAGAUCUUCUUGUUGAACCAGCAUCUCGUCCUGAUGAGAGAAACGAACAGAGUUCUGAAUGAACAUCUGGAGGGGGGGGGCACACACCGCCACAUUGUGAGGACGUACACACACACACACACACACACACACACACACACACACACACACAUAAUGUGGGUUGUUUAUACACAUAUGUUGAGGCGGUGUAAACCCAGACGCUCCUGGGUGCAACAUAACGCAUAUAAAGUGAGUUCAGUGACAAACUCAGUGCUGAAAAAAUAAAGUUGGGAUUCCUGUCCUGUCCAGAAUACAGUCACACCUCUUCAGAAGGACGUUUUCAGUUCACCAAUAGAGAACGAAUGGUGCGUUUCUUUAAGUGUUGCUGCCGCAAGGAAUUGUGGGCCGGCAUUAUGUCCUAUGCCUUAAAGCAGGGGUGGGGAACCUCCGGCCUCCGGGCCCUAUACGGCCCGCAAGACCAUUUGAUCCGGCCCUCGAGAUAAUUCAUAAACGCACGCAAAAAAAUCCACUAGAAAAAAACAAAUAGCAAUAGAAUAAAAUGGACUGUUUUUCCCUGGCCAAGGUCAAGGCCCUUGAACACAACACGAGCGGAACGUGUCAUCACAUGGUCACGUCAUGCCAUAAAAAUUCAAUUUUAAA